UUUUUAAAUAUACGCGAUUUUUUUUCAGCUUUUCUAUGAUAUUUUGAGAAGAGUGUUUUAAUGUGAUUUAAGUGUUAGUUUAUUUAAUUUUAAGAAUAAAAUUUAAUUUAAUAAGAUUUGUUACAAGACUUUGUAAUGAAAUCGACAACUAUGGAGACGUGUUCGGACCGUCUUAGUCCAUCGACUGACUCGACCAGUGAGUCAGAAACAUCAUUACCGCCAUUUGCAUAUGACAAUCAAAAUGCAAACUUCUACAAUCAGGAUAUAAACGAUAAACAAUACUUUUCUUGCAAACAAAAGUCACCGAGAAACGAUGAACGCAGUACAAAAGAUAUCUAUUUACAGGAAAGCAACAAGUUAUUCGAUAAUUAUUUAUCGCCACAGAGAAACAAAAAGUAUUUGAAUUUCGAAAUCAAAUUGCCACAGAAUGAUAAUUUUUUCAAUCAAAUCGAUACAGAUGAUAGAACUAUGAGACCGAAUUAUUUUGAGGUGCCUAUUGUUGCUGGUAAGAACUGCAUUCAAAAUGAGAAUAAUCCUAAUUUGGCGGAUAUUAAAAUAGCCAAUCAGCAGGUUGGAUUCGAUAAUUCGAAUAAUGAUAGAGAUAGAGUAACACAGUCUUACUUUAGUGAGAAUGAGAAUGGAAAUAUGCGGAGAUGUUUGAAUUUCAAUUCCGAACAAGUGCAGUGUGUAUGCGAGGCAUUGCAACAGAAGGGUGACAUAGAGAAACUGGCUGCUUUUUUAUGGAGUUUGCCACCCAGCGAGUUAUUGCGUGGAAACGAAACAGUGUUAAGAGCAAGAGCAUUAGUAGCGUACCACCGAGGCGUGUUUCAAGAGUUAUACGCCAUAUUAGAGGCACACACGUUCCCGCCAAGGCAUCACACCGCGUUGCAAAAUUUGUGGUUCAAAGCGCACUAUGACGAAGCCGAGAAGGUUCGGGGAAGACCACUAGGUGCAGUAGAUAAAUACAGGCUGAGGAAGAAGUAUCCACUGCCCAAAACCAUUUGGGAUGGAGAGGAAACUGUGUAUUGCUUCAAAGAGAAAAGCAGAAACGCCUUAAAAGACUGUUACUAUAGGAAUCGGUAUCCAACGCCUGACGAAAAGCGAGCGCUAGCCAAGAAGACGGGGCUGACUCUCACGCAAGUCUCAAAUUGGUUUAAGAAUCGAAGACAGAGGGAUCGGACCCCACAGCAGCCGAACAGAUCAGAAAUGUUAGUACCGGCUCAAUACGCGGGUCCACAAGGAGGUCUAGCUCAAGCAUUACUUCCAAACGCAUACUAUCAUCAAUUGCAAGAUCCUACUCAUUAUUUGCAUAACGGUGCGCCGUAGUGUUGCCUCGCCAACAAUUAGUGCAUAUUGGUGAUUAUUACGAAGUUGUGAUUUAAUUAGUAUAAACAUAGAAUUAAAAAAAAAUAACGGCAAUUUAUGACAUUUAGAAAAUUAUCUGUAUUACUUAAAUUA